UCUGUGCUGUUGCUGGUAUCUUGUUUAGUCUAACGAAGGAGGUCGUGACAGCAAGUUUCCGUCGUGUGUGCAGUGCUCCGUAGACUGGUGCCAUGUGACCACAGUGGAGGGCGUGGGCACGAUGCGUCAAGGGCUGCACCCGGUCCAGAAGCGGAUCGCCGAGAUGCACGGCAGCCAGUGUGGCUUUUGUACCCCAGGAAUCGUCAUGGCGCUGUAUGCCCUCCUUCGCUCUAACCCUUCGGCCACCGCCGCGGAGAUCGAGGAUGGAUUGGACGGUAAUCUCUGCCGUUGCACAGGCUAUCGGCCUAUUCUGGACGCCGCUAAAAGCCUUGGCGUGGACGGUGGAAAGCGUGCCGGGUGCUGCCGUGGUGAUAGCGGCGGCUGCCCUUGCUUGGAGUCCAAGGCGAUGACAGCGGCCGCGAGCGCUUCCGAGAACGAAAACGACAAUGAUACCACUACUGUCGUCGACGACCACGAUAAAGAUCAAGUUCUCUCGGAGACGUCCUCCAUUCUGUCCACCGCAGCUACCGAUGGAUCGGUGGUCCCUCCCAGCGGCCCCCUUUCUGUUUCCACAUCUGGUGACGACGAAACCGUCGCAAAUGAGACCGCUAAAGUGGUCGGCGGUGGCCGCGGCGGCGGCAGUCGUUGCUCGGGAAAGAGAGAAUGCACCAUCAGCAGGGCGAGAGACUCAAGGUACAGCACGAGGUACACGGAUGUAAGCGAGCCGAUAUUCCCGGCGGAGCUGAUGCUCAAGGCACCGUCUGCCGUGUCCAUCGUGGGAGACAGUGUCACUUGGCACUGUCCGACGUCCCUUUCAGAGCUGCUUCGGCUCAAGGCAGAAUACCCCAAGGCCAGGAUCGUUGCUGGGAAUACGAGGGUUGGCAUCGAGGUGAAGUUCAAAGGCAUGCACUACCCGGUGCUUAUCUCCCCCGCCCGCGUGCCCGAGCUACACGCCAUCACGCGAGGGAGUUCAGAUGACGGAGGCGUCUCCAUCGGCGGGGCCGCUUCCCUGUCUUCCGUGGAGCACGCUCUCGCCGAGAUUGACGGUAGGAAGAAGGGAGCAGGAGGCGGGAACGGAGGGGCAGCCGGCGCGUGCGUUGACAUGUUGAGGUGGUUCGCUUCGACGCAGAUCAGGAACGUGGCUUGUCUGGCGGGAAAUCUGGCAACCGCCAGCCCAACCUCGGACAUGAACCCGCUCCUAGCCGCGUGCGGUGCGGACGUCGUCCUCCAGUCGAUAAGGGGCGGGGAGCGCCGCAUCAAGGUCCGCGAUUUCUUUCUUGGGUACCGCAAGGUUGCAAUGGAGGAGGACGAAGUGAUCGUGGCUGUGUUUCUCCCCAACGCCGCUUCAGAGAAAGGCAAUGAUAGCCAAUUGUCCCCUCCCUCGUCGUUCGAGUUCAUUCGACCGUUCAAACAGGCUCGUAGGCGAGAGGACGACAUUUCCAUCGUUACCGGCGGCAUUCGACUGGUGCUAGAGUCGCGAGGAGGCAAGUGGAUCGUGAAGGACUCGUCCAUGUGCUUCGGGGGGAUGGCACCGACGACCGUUGCUGCCCCCCUCACCGAGGCCUACCUUGUGGGCAAGGAGUGGUCGGCGGAGACCAUGGGUGGAGCGUACGAGCUGCUAGCGAAGGACAUGCCCCUUUCCUCCAACGCACCAGGUGGACAGUGCGAGUACCGACGGGCCUUGCCGCCGUCCUUCCUGUUCAAGUUCUUCAUCGAGGUUUCCCUUCGGCUUGAGGCAUUGUCGCUGGAAUCCAACGGACUGCUUCCUCCGCCGCCGGUCAUUGGAGACGCCGAUAGGUCUGCGGCAACGAACUUCGUCACCGCGCCAAAGCCCCCGAGCAGGGGACAGCAGGAGUACACACCUCGGACAGGAGGAAUGCAGAAGGCACGCCCACAGCCUCAUGCACCCGUUGUUCGCGACGACGAAACCACGGGUAGGACAGAAAACACCAAAACGAAGAAGGUCGCACUGGAAGGGGGUGUUGGAGACCCCGUCCCACACAAAUCAGCGGAUCUUCAGGUGACGGGAGAGGCUGUUUUCACGGACGACAUGCCGUCCCCCGUUGGCACCCUCUUCGUCGGCCUGGUUCUCUCCACGAAACCCCACGCCAAGCUACUCGAGGUCGACCCCUCCCCGGCCCUGGAGGUGGAAGGCGUUUUGCGCUUCGUAGGUGCCGGGGACGUUACCCCGGAGCGGAACGGUAUCGGUGCUAUUGUGGUGGACGAAGAAGUGUUCGCUGUGGAUGAGGUUCACUGCAUGGGGCAGGUGAUCGGAGCCGUGUUAGCGGAGAGUGCUGCAAUCGCAGAGAGUGCGGCGAAGCUCGUGACGGUUCGAUACGAGGAGCUUCCGUCCGUAAUGACUAUUGAGGAUGCCAUCGCCGCCGAAAGGCACGUCAAUGGCUACUACGACGAUAGGCACGCCAUUGUGAACGGUGACGUCGACAGCGCCUUGAAGGACGCCAAUGUCACGGUCGAGGGCGAGAUGGCGAUCGGUGCGCAAGAGCACUUCUAUCUGGAGACGAACACCACCUUGGCGGUGCCCGGAGAGGCGGGGUCUUUGGAGGUCUUCGCGUCCACACAGAACCCCACCUUGACGCAGGAUUUCUGCUCCAAAGUGUGUGGUAUCGACAAGAACAAGGUUGUCUGCCGCACGAAGAGGAUGGGAGGAGCGUUUGGCGGCAAGGAGACUCGUUCCAUAUUCUUGUCGUGUGUGGCUGCUCUCGGGGCCCACUUGACAAAACGGCCCGUGAGGAUCUGUCUUGACAGGGACGUGGACAUGCAGAUCACCGGACACCGACACGCCUUCCUCGCCAAAUACAAGGCCGGUGCUACCAAGGAUGGCAAGCUAGUCGGCAUGGACGUAACGCUGUACAACAACGCUGGCUGCAGCCUGGAACUGUCCUCUGCUGUCAUGGACAGGGCUCUCUUCAGUAUCGACAACUGCUACAGCUGGCCGGCUCUGCGCGUGAAGGGGUUGGUCUGCAAGACAAACCAGGCCUCUCACACGGCCUUCCGGGGCUUCGGAGGACCACAGGGUAUGCUUGUCACCGAGACGGUUAUGGACCACCUGGCCUCUUCCUUGGAAAUUGACUCGUUUGGACUGCGCACGCUCAACUUGUACAAGCCGGAGGAGCCAACGCACUUCGGGCAGCCCCUGGAGGCCUGGAACAUUCCCGCCGCUUGGAAGGACAUGCAGCAGUGGGCCGACAUCGAGCGCCGCGGCAAGGAGGUGGACGCGUUCAACUCCUCCAGCCGUUACAGGAAGAGAGGACUCGCUGUUGUUCCGACGAAGUUCGGGAUCAGCUUUACGGUGAGAUUUUUGAACCAGGCCGGGGCGCUCGUGCACGUGUACUUGGACGGGACAGUGCUGGUUAGUCACGGUGGUACGGAGAUGGGGCAGGGACUCCACACGAAGGUCUGCCAAGUCGUGGCCAACGAGUUCAACAUCGACGUGGAGAAGGUACACAUCUCGGAAACGGCAACCGACAGAGUUGCCAACACGACCCCUACAGCAGCAUCCAUGUCGACGGAUCUGUACGGCAUGGCCGCCCUCGACGCGUGCGAGCAGAUCACGGAGAGGCUCCGGCCCAUUAUGGCGCAACUACCGGAAGGCACUCCAUUCGCUACCAUCGCUGCGUAUUUCCAGCGGAUCCAACUUUCGGCCCAAGGAUUCUACGUUGUGCACGCCGAGCGAUGUAAUUACGAUUUCGACAUGGAGACCACCAACAACAGGGACAGAGGUCUCCCUUUCAACUACUUCACUCAGGGUGUUGCGGCCAGCGAGGUGGAAAUUGACUGUCUCACCGGAGACGCGAAAGUGAUCAGGGCUGACAUCCUCAUGGACAUCGGGACUAGCGUCAACCCGGCUAUCGACAUCGGUCAGAUCGAGGGAGCUUUCAUUCAGGGCUAUGGCUGGUGUACGAUGGAAGAAACAAGCUGGGGAGACUCGGAGCAUCUCUGGGUAAAACCCGGGCAGCUCUUCACCAAGGGCCCCGGCACGUACAAAAUCCCGUCUUUCAACGAUGUGCCCUCGGACAUGAGGGUCAAGCUCAUGGACAGGGCGAACGCCUUCGCAGUCCACUCCUCGAAGGCUGUGGGGGAGCCCCCGUUCUUCCUCGCAUCCUCGGCAUUCUUGGCCAUCAAGGAUGCUGUGGCAUCAGCGAGAAAGGACCACAAUAAAGGCAAAGCAUCCUUUUUCCGACUCAACAGCCCAGCCUCUUCCGAAAGGAUUCGCACGGCUUGCCUAGAUGGCAUCAUGGAGCGCUCCGCUGCCGCUGAAGACGGCGAAAGUUCUGUCCACGUUAGUGACUACCAGGCGAAGGGCUCGUGGUAACGGGUGUUUUGCUUCCUCUUGCCUCAGGAUGCUGCUCCUCGGCCUGUUUCACUCUGCACGGAGAGGCUCGAUUCACUACAUUUGAGCUGACAGUAAUGAUUAUGUAGGCAUCGAACCAGGACUCUCGUUCAUGUUGAGCCGUUAAGGUGUUGAAAAUGUAGGCGGCAUGGUGUGAGUGUUUCGGGCAAGUGUGAAAUUCGUCAAUCAAGCAGUCCGAUCGUUCGCUGCUUUCCGUGUGCCGUGUAAAAUCCACGCUCUUCCGCGGGGGACACGUGAAUCCGGAACACAAUGUCGAAAAUUUCUUCUAGCCACCAUUCAACGUGGAUCCUUGUUGCGGCUUGAAACUAGGAUUGAACAUUGAGGGGGCUCGCUACAUGUACUCCCCCGUCCCGCCUGAUAACACGAACCUAGCGGCAGGUUGUGGGUUCGAUGCUCUCUCCAGUUUUUUUUUUUUCCGGGAUGUUUUUCCAGCAACCUGCGGUUGAAAGUGAUCUACUGUAUGUCGUAACUACCUUCGGCUUCACGGUCGACGAGGAAAAGAGAUGCCUGAACCCUUCUCGCGGUUAACAAUAAGGCGAGCAGGGGCGCGGCAACAGGCUGGGAGUGAAGAGUCGGCCCUGCCCCGAUCCCAUCCCACUUCAUCGGAGAACAUGAAGCACUCGGAGGCCACCUCAAACACUGGUUCAAGAGGUUCUACUGCUCCGUCAACGCCACCCGUCAUUGUGGGUGUGCGAGUGAGGAAACAAAGCCACCGGCACAUUUCCGACCCCGGAUGAGGGCCAAACAACGCCGCGGAAAGCACGGUGAACAUGACACAAGGACGUUCCAGAGCCGGUUCCGGGUCACUCGGGUGGUUGGAGAGCCAGGCCAUCGGUGCGACUAGAAGCCGUCCUGCGCGCUGACCACGUCCCUCGAAGGAGGGGCCGCUCGCGAGCUAAGGCCUAGUGCUGUCGGUUGUGGCACCUUGCCAGGGCCCCGUUCUUGCAUAAAUAUGCUUUUACCUCUGUCGGCGAACGAUAGCUAUAUUGCCGAUGCAUCUUGCGUGGUCCAUCUAUCGUAUUCCCGCCCCUUCCAAGGAGAGGAGCCCUGGAGGAAGGACACUCCCGCGAAGACAUGGGCCCAUCACCCAGUCUACCGGUCCGCGGCAACAUCACUACACCCAAUCGUCAAUUUCUUUGGUUCGUACUCGUCGCGAUCGGUAUCGUAGACCCCGCAUGAGACUGGUGUCGGGGGCCAUUUUCUCCCAGGUUGAUGGGCAGCGGUUGUUUUGGGUGGGAAGGUGCACGUCACUCAGGUUCGUGUCCGCCUGUUGCCCUCGACAUUCCAACCGCCGUACCCUUGUGGUCGUGGCUGUCUUCGCCCUCCGUGCCACCCAUUGACCUCGUGGGCACACGGGUUUCAUUCAAGUCCAAUGUUGACUAAAUUUGGUGGCUUAGAGAGGGAAAUAGGGGAGCACUGCGAGUGAAAGCGG